ACAAGAAGAAGCCAAUGUGUUCAUACUAAAGUAAAUCUAUCUUUAAUAAUGCAGUCGGAAGAAGAGGAACACAUCAGCCCUGUGGAUCUAGAAGAUGAAGGAUUCCUGAAGAUAGUAAUAAAAGAGGAAGAAUCUGAAGAUGAAAGUUUCUUUUGUGAAGAAUCAUUCAUCCCUGUGGAACACGACACCUCUGAGGAACAUCUCACCCCAGGUUUCCAGCCUCUGAAGGAGGAACCUGAAGAUGAAGAUGAAAUUAGAUUGAACAAGGAUUUCUGCUGCUCCUCGAGUCCACGUUCCUGUACAACCCAAAAUCAUCUCCACAAACACAUCAAGACCCCCCACAGUGUCAAAUAUGAGACCCUGGUGAAGAUUAAGACUGAACAUGAGGAUCUGACGCCCACCAGAAGCUCCAGUGAUCAGCAGACGUCCUCUGGUGCUGUCAGCAUUAACAGCUCUCUCACCAGAGAACAGAACAGAAGGGACGUCUGCUCACAGUGUGGGAAGAGCUUUAGUUCUCUGAGUGCUCUCAGGAAACACCAGCGCAUUCACACUGGAGAGAGACCGUAUCAGUGCUUAGAGUGUGGGAAGAGCUUUAAUCAACAGGGUCAUCUUAAAUUACACCAGCGCAUUCACACUGGAGAGAAACCGUAUCAGUGCUCACAGUGUGGAAAGAGCUUUAGUGAACAGGGUCAUCUGAAAUUACACCAGCGCAUUCACACUGGAGAGAAACCGUAUCAGUGCUCACAGUGUGGGAAGUGUUUUAAUGAACAGAGUGCUCUCAGAAGACACCAGCGCAUUCACACUGGAGAGAAAAUGUAUCAGUGCUCACAGUGUGGGAGGAGUUUUAAUCAUCAGAGUGCUCUCAAAAGACACCAGCGUGUUCACACUGGAGAGAAACCGUAUCAGUGCUCACAGUGUGGGAAGAGUUUUAAUGAUCAGAAUACUCUCAAAUUACACCAGCGCAUUCACACUGGAGAGAAACCGUAUCAGUGCUCAGAGUGUGGGAAGAGCUUUAAUCAACAGACUAAUCUCAAAACACACCAGCGCAUUCACACUGGAGAGAAACCGUAUCAGUGUUCACAGUGUGGGAAGAGUUUUAAUCAUCAGAGUAAUCUCUCAGUCCACCAGCGCAUUCACACUGGAGAGAAACCAUAUCAGUCCUGACAGUGUGGGAAGAGUUUUAAUCAUUAGAGUCAUCUUAAAAAACACCAGCGCAUUCACUCUGGAGAGAAACCGUAUCAGUGUGGAAAG